AUGUUCUCCUCCGAGGAUCUCUGGAACUCCACAGAGCAGCUGUGGAUCAACAGCUCCGACCUGAACUCCACUCUGGACAGAGAUAGGGACGACGACGAAGGGGAGCAGCACCCCUUCCUCACCGACGCCUGGCUGGUCCCCCUCUUCUUCUCCCUCAUCAUGCUGGUUGGACUGGUGGGAAACUCUCUGGUCAUCUAUGUCAUUUCCAAACACAGGCAGAUGAGGACUGCAACCAACUUCUACAUCGCAAACCUGGCUGCCACUGACAUCAUUUUCUUGGUGUGCUGUGUCCCCUUCACUGCUACCCUCUAUCCUCUCCCCGGAUGGAUCUUUGGUGACUUCAUGUGCAAAUUUGUUGCCUUUCUACAGCAGGUGACGGUGCAGGCCACCUGCAUCACUCUGACGGCCAUGAGUGGGGACCGCUGCUACGUCACCGUCUACCCUCUCAAAUCCCUCCGCCAUCGCACCCCGAGAGUCGCCAUGAUUGUCAGCAUCUGCAUUUGGAUAGGCUCCUUCAUCCUGUCCACUCCUAUUUUCAUGUACCAGCGUAUUGAGGAGGGAUACUGGUACGGACCACGGCAGUACUGCAUGGAGAGAUUCCCCUCCAAGACCCACGAGAGGGCCUUCAUCCUCUACCAGUUCAUAGCUGCCUACCUGCUGCCUGUUCUCACCAUCUCCUUCUGCUACACCCUGAUGGUGAAGCGGGUGGGUCAGCCGACUGUCGAGCCUGUGGACAACAACUGCCAGGUCAACCUGCUCUCUGAGAGGACGAUCAGUAUCCGGAGCAAAGUGUCCAAGAUGGUGGUCGUGAUCGUCCUUCUCUUCACCGUCUGCUGGGGUCCCAUCCAGUUCUUUGUCCUCUUCCAGUCCUUCUACCCAAACUAUCGGCCCAACUACGCCACCUACAAGAUCAAGACAUGGGCCAACUGCAUGUCCUACGCCAACUCCUCCGUCAACCCCAUCGUCUACGGUUUCAUGGGAGCCAGCUUCCAAAAGUCCUUCAAGAAGACUUUCCCCUUCCUGUUCAAGCACAAGGUCAGAGACAGCAGCAUGGCCUCGCGGACCGCCAACGCUGAGAUCAAGUUUGUUGCUGCAGCGGAAGGCAACGAUAACAACGGUGGGAACUGA